GACGGUUCUUCUCAUCUACCAUUUGCCCUUCCAGACGGAAUUGUAAACCGAGAAAGCUGAGGAAGGCUGUGCGAAAGGAGGAAAUUCCUCUCGUCGGUCGUCUUUUUUUUUUCUUUUUUCUUUUUUUCCCCUCCUCCUCCUGCCUCGAUCCUUGGCUUCCCCAGGUAUGACUGCCUCACUGCAGCACCUUGUGCUGGUGCUUUUGCUCUCCAGUGCCACCCUGCUGCUCAGCACUGCGGCUGCUACACAGAGUGAGGAGCGGCUGUGUGCAUUUAAGGACCCAUAUCAGCAGGACCAUGGAAUCAGUGAGAGCCGAAUCUCCCAGGAGAAUGGCACAGUUUUGUGUAUGAAAGGUAGUACCUGCUAUGGACUUUGGGAAAAAACACGUGAAGGAGAGGUACAUCUUGUAAAACAAGGUUGCUGGUCUCGCAUAGGAGACCCACAAGACUGUCACUUGGAAGAGUGCAUAGUUACAACUACCCCUUCCUUGAUUCAGAAUGGAACAUAUCGCUUCUGCUGCUGUAGUACAGACUUGUGUAAUGUCAACUUCACAGAAAAUUUUCCACCUCCUGAUCCUACUGAUACAACACCUUACAAUUCUUCUCAUUCUUUUCAUCGAGAUGAGACGAUAGUUAUUGCCCUGGCAUCAGUGUCUGUACUGGCUGUUCUGAUUGCCGCUCUGUACUUUGGAUACAGGAUGCUUGCAGGAGACCGUAAACAAGGUUUGCACAGUAUGAACAUGAUGGAGGCAGCAGCAUCAGAGCCCUCAUUGGAUCUGGAUAAUCUGAAGUUGUUGGAGUUGAUUGGUCGGGGAAGAUAUGGAGCAGUGUAUAAAGGCUCCCUAGAUGAACGCCCAGUUGCUGUGAAAGUAUUUUCUUUUGCUAACCGUCAGAACUUUGUCAAUGAGAAGAACAUCUACAGGAUUCCACUGAUGGAGCAUGACAACAUUGCUCACUUCAUUGUGGGGGAUGAGAGAUUCACUGCAGAUGGCCGCAUGGAAUAUUUAUUGGUGAUGGAAUAUUACCCCAAUGGUUCUUUGUGCAAAUACUUGAAUCUCCACACGAGUGACUGGGUGAGCUCCUGUCGUUUGGCCCACUCUAUAACUAGAGGCUUGGCAUAUCUCCACACAGAGCUACCUCGGGGAGACCAUUACAAACCUGCAAUAUCCCAUCGUGACCUAAACAGCCGCAAUGUACUGGUAAAGAAUGAUGGAACAUGUGUGAUAAGUGAUUUUGGGCUCUCCAUGAAGUUAACUGGAAACAGACUGGUACGUCCAGGUGAGGAAGAUAAUGCAGCUAUCAGUGAGGUUGGUACAAUCCGCUAUAUGGCCCCAGAAGUGCUUGAAGGAGCAGUGAACUUGAGGGACUGUGAAUCUGCUUUGAAACAAGUAGAUAUGUAUGCACUAGGCCUUAUCUACUGGGAGAUAUUUAUGAGAUGCACAGACCUCUUCCCAGGGGAAUCUGUGCCAGAGUAUCAGAUGGCUUUCCAGACUGAAGUCGGAAACCAUCCCACUUUUGAAGAUAUGCAAGUCUUGGUGUCUAGAGAGAAGCAAAGACCAAAAUUCCCAGAGGCAUGGAAGGAGAACAGCUUGGCUGUGAGGUCACUUAAAGAAACAAUUGAAGACUGCUGGGAUCAAGAUGCUGAAGCUCGACUAACAGCGCAGUGUGCUGAGGAGAGGAUGGCAGAACUCAUGAUGAUUUGGGAGAGAAAUAAAUCAGUUAGUCCAACGGUCAACCCUAUGUCAACUGCCAUGCAAAAUGAGCGGAAUCUGUCACAUCAUAGACGUGUUUCAAAGAUAAGGCCAUAUCCAGAUUACUCUUCCUCUUCCUACAUUGAAGAUUCAAUCCACCACACUGACAGCAUAGUGAAGAACAUUUCUUCUGAACAUUCAAUGUCCACUACACCAUUGACUUCAGGGGAAAAGAAUAGAAACUCCAUUAACUAUGAGCGACAACAAGCUCAAGCUCGCAUCCCCAGUCCUGAGACAAGUGUAACCAGUUUGUCCACUAAUACUACCACCACCAAUACAACUGGCCUCACUCCUAGCACUGGCAUGACUACCAUAUCUGAAAUGCCUUAUUUGGAUGAAACAAACUUACAUACCACAAAUGUCAUGCAGCCAGGUGGGCCCACCCCUGUUUGUCUGCAGCUAACAGAGGAGGACUUAGAGACAAAUAAAUUGGAUCCAAAAGAAGUGGAUAAGAACCUGAAAGAAAGCUCUGAUGAAAAUCUGAUGGAACAUUCACUUAAGCAGUUUAGUGGGCCAGAUCCACUCAGCAGCACUAGUUCCAGCUUGCUUUAUCCACUCAUAAAACUUGCAGUAGAGGUGACAGGACAACAGGACUUCACACAAGCUAGCAACGGUCAAGCAUGUUUGAUUCCGGAUGUCCCAUCUGCUCAGGUCUAUCCUCUGCCCAAGCAACAGAACCUUCCAAAGAGGCCUACUAGCCUCCCCCUAAACACCAAAAAUUCAACCAAGGAGCCACGGUUAAAAUUUGGUGGCAAGCACAAAUCAAAUUUGAAGCAAGUGGAAACAGGUGUUGCCAAGAUGAACACUAUCAAUGCUGCAGAACCUCAUGUCGUGACAGUUACCAUGAAUGGAGUGGCUGGGAGAAGCCACAGCAUAAACUCUCAUUCUGGCACAACCCAGUACGCCAAUGGCACAGUGCCAUCUGGCCAGACAACCAGUUCAGUAGCACAGAGGGCCCAGGAAAUGCUUCAGAACCAGUUCAGUGGAGAGGAUAGUCGGCUGAAUAUUAAUUCAAGCCCUGAUGAGCAUGAACCCUUACUGAGGCGGGAGCAGCAGGUUGGCCACGACGAAGGUGUCCUAGACCGACUAGUAGAUAGGAGAGAGCGACCACUGGAUAAUGGCCGAACAAAUGCCAAUAACAACAACAGUAAUCCAUGUCCAGUGCAAGACACAGCCACAGCCAGUAUCCAGAAUGUAGUGAGAAACCCUGGGCAGACCCAGACUAGAAGAGCACAGAGGCCUAAUUCGCUGGAUCUGUCAGCCACAAAUAGUUUGGAUAGCAGUAGUAUGCAGUUAGGUGACUCCUCACAGGAUGGCAAAUCGGGCUCAGGAGAAAAGAUCAAGAAACGUGUGAAAACUCCAUACUCACUUAAGCGGUGGCGUCCUUCAACGUGGGUCAUCUCCACAGAGCCGCUGCACUGCGAGGUCAACAACAACGGCAGCGACCGCGCAGUUCACUCCAAAUCCAGCACCGCUGUUUAUCUUGCGGAAGGAGGCGCUGCCACCACCAUGGUAUCUAAGGACGCAGGAGUGAACUGCCUGUGAAAUACUUCAAAAGCCUACAAAUGACCUGAGUUUUGCAUUAUUUGAAACAAAUGUGCAGAAGACGUUUUAAAAAACUGCUUUCUCCUCCUGUCAGCAACCCCUCCCGAGGACUCGCUUUAAAUAGAUUUCAGCUAUGCAGAGAAUUUUUAGCUUAUGCUUCCAUAUUUUUUAAUUUUGUUUUAUUUUUUUGAACGUUUUUGCACUUUUAUUUCGGAUCGCUAAGGUUGAGUCUGUCUGUUUUGACCACGGAAUAUAUAUAUGUAUAUCGAAAAGGUGGUCUCAAAAUAUUUUUUUAGAAAAAAAAGUAACAAA